CAGGUGGCGGAGGCGGCGCCUAGGGCAGGGCCGGCGGGCGGGCGUGGCCCAGGGGGCCUGCGCGGCGGUCGCUGGCGGUCGCCCCCAGCGCGGGCAUGGCGGGUGGGUGGCGGGCGCUGCUGCGCGCUGCCCGGCGCUACCCGUGGCCCACGAACGUGCUGCUCUACGCGGCGCUCUUCUCCGCCGGCGACGCGCUGCAGCAGCGGCUACGGGGCGGUCCGGCCGACUGGCAGCAGACGCGGCGCGUGGCCACCGUGGCCGUGACCUUCCACGCCAACUUCAACUACGUAUGGCUGCGCGCGCUGGAGCGCGCGCUGCCCGGCCGUGCUCCGCGCGCCGUGCUGGCCAAGGUGCUGUGCGAUCAGGCGAUCGGCGGGCCCGUGGCCGUCUCGGCCUUCUAUGCCGGCAUGAGUAUUCUCCAGGAAAAGGAUGACAUAUUUUUGGACCUGAAACAGAAAUUCUGGAAUACGUACAAGAGUGGUCUGAUGUACUGGCCCUUUGUGCAGCUGACCAACUUCAGCUUGGUUCCCACGCACUGGAGGACAGCUUACACUGGACUUUGUGGUUUUCUGUGGGCUACCUUCCUCUGCUUUUCACAACAGAGCGGUGAUGGCACGUUCCAGUCUGCUUUCACCUUCCUUCAUGUGAAAGAGGCCGGUGCCGUUGAAAGGCCUCCCGAGAAAUGAGAAGCCAAGGACUCCCUGACAAUGACGGAUUUAUUUUAUUUUAUUUUUUAAUGCAGUGGAUUGCUUGCAGAUAAGAGUCUACUCAUCAGUUAUGUGCUCCAUUUUGGAGAGUUACUAUUGCAUAGACCCACUGAUUAAGUAUCAAUGAAUACUUUAAAUUUUAUUCAAACCUUUUUUCCCCAUGCUAGUCUGAAAGUAUCACUUUUCUACUGUGUUCACGUCUCUAAUACUUUGGUGACCACUGUGCCAUCAUGGCAUUUUGCAAUUAUUACUAUUUCUAUUCUAAUAUUUUAAUGCCAGUUGAUUUAAAGAACCCAUUUUGCUUCUAAAAUCUCAGGUUGUCUCCUAAACACUUUGCAUCUGUUGAACUUUUAUACCAAAAAUAUUCCUUGUAUAAGUAAAUUGGUGUUUACAUUAGAGCUCAAUCAAGGAGAAGAUUGAAUAACUGGAUUUUUUUUUUCUGGAAAUACUUUAUAGAAUAAUUUCUUGUUCUCCUGAUGCUAAGUUCUGUAAGAACAUCUUAUGCCAUCAAAAAAAAAAAAUAAUAGUAUGUGAUUGGUGUGUCCUGUAUAGAAAUGUAUUUCAUGGAUGUCUUCUACUAUUGUAAUUUUGAAAAAUUUUUUUUAACGUUUGUUUAUUUUUGAGAGAGAGCAUGAGCAGGGGAGGGGCAGAGAGAGAGGGAGACACAGAAUCCGAAGCAGGCUCCAGGCUCCGAGCUGUCAGCACAGGGCCUGAUGCAGGGCCCAAACCCACGAACCGUGAGAUCGUGACCUAAGCUGAGGUGGGAAACUUACCCGACUGACCCACCGAGGCGCCCCAUACGACUAUUGUAAUUUUGAAGUUAAGUACUUUUUAGUUCAUGUGUUCUAGUUUUGAGCAAAUUCAGUUGACCGAAGUAUCCCAUAUCUGCAUUCUAGACUUAGGAAAUAUACACAACAUCUGGCUUCUUAAAGAAAUAUAUUGAGGGGUGCCUUGGUGGCUCAGUUGGUUAAGUGAUGACUUUGGCUCAGGUCAUGGUCUCAUGGUUUAUGGGUUCAGGCCCCACGUCAGGGUCUGUGCUGACAGCUCAGAGCCUGGAGCCUGCUUUGGAUUCUGUGUCUCCCCCUCUCUUUGCCUCUCCCCCUCAUGCUCUGUCUCUCUCAAAAAUAAAACAAACAUUUUUAAAAAAUUUAAAAAAAUAUAUUGAGUGAAGUUUCUUUUCUAAGAAAAUGAACAAAUUUUCUUCCUCUGGAAGGAAAAUUCUAUUUCAUAGGUUUCCAAGGAAAACAGUUACCCCAAAUUUCACACCGAUGUUAUAUUUUUAAAAAUCAGUGUUUUCAAAUAAAUCUUUAUGGGCAGUCUUUGAGGCAGGUGUGAGAAACCUGAUCCAGACUUUCUGAUUUACUGUUUGUCUAACCUCAAAACCAGUGGGUCUAAAAAUGCUGUGGAUAUCUCAGGAAGGUUCAGCAAACUUCACCUAAAAAUUGCACCCCAAUGCUGUUUUUCACGAGUUUUUCAUGAGCAUUUCACAAGUUUUAACAUGGGAAGAGCUGAAGUGUUCAUGCAUUUAUCUUGAGAAUUUGUAUUUAAGAUUAAUUAAGGAAUGUGCACUUAAGAAUUUUAAGCAUAUAAUUCAUAUAAUUUGUAAUAUAAAUGUGUUUAAGUCCUAACUAUAUCAUGUCUAUGAUUUAUUUGAAUUUACUAGGUAUUAAUAUAUUUUACAUUAUUGGGAGAAUGGUGAGAACGUUUCUAGAUAGCUUAAUUCUAAAAUUUGUUACAGUACUCACAUUAUUUUGAAAGUAGUUAAUACAACAGCUAUUUCAUAAUAUAUAAGACAGAUUUUGUCAUUGAAAAAGUGUAUCUAGAGUAACUAUGAUAAACUACUGCCUGGCAAUCUUUUAGACGAGCUUCAGCAUUACUUUUUUGAUGGAAUAAUUGCAUUUUGUAUAGAAGUAAUUGGGAACACAGGGGCGCCUGGGUGGCUCAAUCGGUUAAGCGUUUGACUUCGGCUCAGGUCAUGAUCUCGCAGCUCGUGGGUUCGAGCCCUGCAUUGGGCUCUGUGCUGAUGGCUCGGAGCCCAAAGCCUGCUUCAGAUACUGUGUCUCCCUCUCUCUCUGCCCCUCCCCCACUUGUGCUCUGUCUCUCGCUCUCCCAAAAAUAAAUAAAUAUUUAAAAAGAUUUUUAAAAAGAAGUAAUUGGAACACAGACCUUGUUUAUACCGUCAAGGGGGAAAAGCUUAUUAUUCAUAAAUGAGUGUGAUCAUCUUUACUCAGUCACGUGCUGCCCUGUGCUGUAGAGAACAUAUAGCAUGCAUUCUCUGAAUUUUUGCAAGUGAUACACUUCUGAUUUUUAUGCAAUAGUACUUUCAUGUUUUAGUGUGAGAAAUGAAAGUUACUCCAAGUAAUGCAAUGUUUGUCUGUUUUAAAAUGCUGCUGGGGCACCCUGGUGGCUCAGUCCCUUAAGUGUCCAACUCUUGAUUUUGGCUCAGGUCAGGAUCUCAUGGUCCCUGAAUUCGAGCCCCGCAUCGGGCUCUGCGCUGACAGCAUGGAGCUUGGUUGGGAUUCUCUUGCUCGCUCUCUCUCUGCCCCUCCCCUAUCCCUCCCUCUCUCAAAAAUAGAUAAAUAAACAUUUAAAAAAAUAAGUAAAAUGCUGCCACUCUUGGUAAACCCUAAACCUCCCCAGGUUUGGAAUUGAACAGGUGGCCCCCACUGUUCCUCCUGAUUUUCCCAUUCUGUAAGGUUUCUUUAACGCCUUUGUGUGUUGCCCACCGUGUUCUUCUGGCCCCGUGCUUGCUCAGGCAAAGGCAAAGCCUAUAAUUCGUUUCCAUGAACAGACAUGAGACAGACCAGAUUUUCAAAGACAACUUUACUUAAUGCGUGUGGAAAACAAAAGGGAAAUUUGAAAGGGGAAUUUGAAAAAUGUCAAAAGCAUUUUUUUAAAAAGAAAGAUGCAAAAGGGUAUAUGACAUGGCACUAUUAUCAUUUUUUUAAUGUUUGUUUUAUUUUGUUUUUGAGAGAGAGAGAGCACAAGUGAGGUAGGGGCAGCAAGAGAGGGAAACAUAGAAUCUGAAGCAGGCUCCAGGCUCUGAGCUGUCAGAGCAGAGCCCAACGUGGGGAGGGAACUCAUGAACCGUGAGAUUGUGACCUGAGCUGAAGUCGGAUGUUUAACUGACUGACCACCCAGGUGCCCCUGUCAAAACCAUUUUUUUAUAAAAAUUUUACAGAAUACUGAA